AUGAAUCAAAUCUCAGGUCAACUCAUAACGUCACGCGGGCUCUCCAUGAUCCUUCACGUGAAACGUGGCUAUGACGUCAUUGAGCUCAUUUUCAUUUUCUCAUACGCCUAUAUCGGAAAUAAAGAAAACGAAAUCCGGUUUCUAAUGAAUUGCAUGACCUCCAGGUUGUUUCGUUUGUACAUCAGUCACUUCUCUUUUGAGAAAAAUAAAUAUAAUAUCUCCCUCGAAUAA